AAGAUGUCUGCGCCUAUGGAAUAAAAGUUGAUUAAUUUAAAGCAACUAUUUUAUGCUGAAUAUGGCAAAGGAAAAAAAUGAAUGGAAUGAUUGGAUUGGUGAACUUUUUACACCAUCUUAUGAUGUUACUGUUGAAGAUAUGCUUGAUCAGCCACAGGAUGAAGAAACAACAAUAAAGUCUAAAGUCAAACUGGUAUCGGCUUUAGAUCCAGACACAAUUAAGGAUGCCUUUGAAAGAGUUCGUGUGACAUGUGUUUUAGCUGAAGAAAUGAGAAAGAAAGCAUCAAAACAAGAUUCCUCUAAAGGCAUUAAAGUAGCAGAAGGCAAAGGCAUAGAUACUCAGCCUGAUAAAAAGGAAGAAAAAACAGUUGAUGUUGAUCAGCCUGGUAUCUGGGACACAAAUGAACUUGCAACUCUUCGUAAAGUUUUUAAAACUAUCAAACAACAUAAUAGAAAAUUAAAGGUGAUCAAUACAGAACUAGAGAAGAGAAAUGAGGAACUUGAAAAUGAAGUUUCCAAUUUGAAACUGCAUUUAAACAAAAAGAAUCAUGAACUAACAGAGGCUGCAAAAGCAAAUAAAAGACAUAAAAUUUUGAGUGACCAGCUGCAGCAUGAUUUGGAUUACAUAACAGCAAGAAUGACUGCAAUGGAGCAAAUAUUUAAGGAAAUUAAUGAGGAAAAGUCCAAAAUGGUCAAAGAAAAUCAGGAAAUGAAAAUUGCAGUUGAUAAAGAGAGAAUGGACCGUGAAAGGAUUGAAUGUCAGUUAAAAUCAUUAGAACAGCAAGCACUAUGUGAAAAAAUGGCAAUGGAACAAACAAUAAAAAUGGAAUGUCAGUCAGAGAUUUCAAAACUACAUAGCCGAAUAAAUGAUCUUUCCGAUGAACUGAACAAAGAGAAAAAGUUACAUUAUACAACAAAAAGAGGAUUGGAACAUUUACGACAACAUUUUGCAAGUUUGCCUUUGUCAAAUAUUGUACCUCCAAAUGCAGUGAAAUCAGACCAAAUAAGCAAAUUUAGCUAUACGUAAUUUAUAAAUAUUUAUAAAAAUAGGCAUCUUUUAUUUAGAAAUUUCAGAUUAUGAUAUAUAAGCAUUUUUUACUGUAUUUUUUAUCAACUUAUUAAAAUUUAAUUUAGUUAUAAAA